AUGCAAAGAAGAUUGCACGGCACAAACCAGUUGGACAGGCUCUCCGGUCAAAUUGCUGUCCUGGUUGUAGUAAAAGCAGCUUUUGACACCCCAGAAGAGAGAAGGACUGCCUCCUGCCAGAACUGUCUCUCAAUCACUCCAGACACUCCUGUCCUUGCCUCUCCAGUUGCACGCUCCGCCUUGGUAUGUCAGCUGCUAAUUUGUCCGUCAUGGGCUCUGGUUCCCCAAUUCACGCAAGCUUUUGUAGCUCAGAGAUUGCUUUUCAUUCAGCUGCCACAGAGGAAAAUCAGCCUCAGCAACGGGGAGCUCGUUUUUCCUGCAAAGCGGGCAGGUAGCUCUUCAACUCUGAUCCUUCCCCUCUCAAGAGAUAACAUAUAAAUGUUACACACCUCCUUUUUAGCCAAAGCUGAAGAUCGCAAGAUUUCCCGGUGCAUCCCAACCGGUGGUGAAACACUCAUGUUAACAGAUUUCCCCAUUCCUGAAAGGGGGAAUGUUGCAUCUUGCCAUAGACUGUGCUGAUAACUUUCAGACGUAGGUAAAGACUGUCAGAGUGAAAUGUAAAUAAAGAAGAAGGAAGAAUAUUGUACAGCUGUUUUGCUCCGUAAUGUAAAUUCCAUGGAGCUACCAUAUACUUACGGAUACAGAACAUCUGGUGACUCCUGUGCUGUAUUAUGGAGAUGAAUGAGAGUCUUGCAACCAGCCAUUCCCAGAGUCUACACUAUUUCACACAUUAAUCUAAGGGGGGGGAUAGGUACGUCAGAAAAAUCAGGUUACUGCACUGAGAUAACAAGGAUCCCUGAUCUAAGCACCCACCUUUCUUCGCCGCUCUGCCACCAUUCAUGCAUAGCAAGUAGUACGGCUUUCCAGGAGGGUGAAAUAAAUAGACUGUUUAGCUUUCCUUUUGAUAGAUUUAUGGCGUGGUGAGUACAGGGCUGUAUAACAGAUCUAUCACUUGCUCUUUUCUUGGGAGUUGCAAGCUAUAAAAUGAAAGGGUUUUGCAGCUGGCAGGGCAAGAUUAGUCCUGGACGCAAGAUGUCGGCGUCCCAGAUUGCAUUCACCAAAACAGCAAAUGUUUCCUGGUCACCAUUUAUGUAUCAUCAUACAGAGAUGGGCACCGGAGAGUAGUUUUAAGAACCUUCACAAAAAAAGGAAUCUUUUAUUUCAUUCCACAGCUGUUAUCCAAUACCUGUUGAGUUUCCCUCCAGAAAAUAUACUCAUGACUAUGCAGUUGCCCUGGAGCUCAAGGAAAAAACAUGAUUUGCUUUUAUUUGUUUCUUCAGAGAGGCUGCAAAAAAAGGAAAAGGGGAAAAAAGCAGCAUGCUAAUUGGAACAUAAGACCCAAUAAAGAAAGACCGUAUGAGACCACCUUGCUGAACCUCAGCAGGUCUGGUCAGUGCAGACCCUCUAAGUGUCCCUAUUUUACAGGGACAGUCCCGGACUUACAGAAGCUGUCCCUGUUUCUGAUUUGAUCCUGGAAUGUCCUGCUUUUCCUUAGAAAGGUAAAGGGACCCCUGACCAUUAGGUCCAGUUGCGGAUGACUCUGGGGUUGCAGCACUCAUCUCGCUUUACUGGCCAAGGGAGCCGGCGUACAGCUUCCAGGUCAUGUGGCCAGCAUGACUAAGCCGCUUCCGGCAAACCAGAGCAGUGCACGGAAACGCCGUUUACCUUCCUGCUGGAGUGAUACCUAUUUAUCUACUUGCACUUUGAUGUGCUUUCGAACUGCUAGGUUGGCAGGAGCAGGGACCGAGCAACGGGAGCUCACCCCAUUGCGGGGAUUCAAACUGCCGACCUUCUGAUCAGCAAGUCCUAGGCUCUGUGGUUUAACCCACAGCGCCACCCAUGUCUCUGCUUUUCCUUAGGAGGUCCCUAUUUUCAUCAGAGAAAUAUAGGAGGGUAUGGAGUUAUGUGGCCCCUGAGCCAAGGAGAUUAUUAUUAUUGAAUAAAAGGUAAAGGGACCCCUGACCAUUAGGUCCAGUUGCGGAUGACUCUGGGGUUGCGACGCUCAUCUCGCUUUAUUGGCCGAGGGAGCUGGCAUACAGCUUCCGGGUCAUGUGGCCAGCAUGACUAAGCCGCUUCUGGCAAACCAGAGCAGUGCAUGGAAACGCCAUUUACCUUCUCGUCGGAGCGGUACCUAUUUAUCUACUUGCACUUUGUGCUUUCAAACUGCUAGGUUGGCAGGAGCUGGGACCGAGCAGCGGGAGCUCACCCCGUUGCGGGGAUUCAAACCGCCGACCUUCUGAUCGGCAAGUCCUAGGCUCUGUGGUUUAACCCACAGCGCCACCCGCGUCCAUUAUUAUUGAAUAGGUUGUCCUUAUUUUCAUCGGAGAAAUGUUGGAGGGUAUGUCAGUGCCUUCAAGCACAGUCACCAGCAGACCACCUGCAUGUUUCCUUGGGUUCCAUGCUGGACAAAAGGUGAAAUAUCCGUAAAAUAAUAGAACCAUCUAUUAUAGUAAAGGCAAAGGGACCCCUGACCAUUAGGAGCAGUUGUGGCCAACUCUGGGGUUGCGGCGCUCAUCUAUUAUCCAUCUAUUAUAUCUGACCAUAAAUGUUACGUACUGAAGUCUUCAUAUGGCAACACUGCCAUCAUGGCAUGACUUUUCCCAGAAAGGAGAAGGCUCUUCCAUCUUCAUUUCAGUACAAAGUCCAUGGGGCUGGCUCAGUGCUUUUUCCCUAAUGUAGACUGCUCUGUGCUAUUUGGCAUCCCUAUGUUCUGUCAGCGGGUGGCGCUGUGGGUAAAACCUCAGUGCCUAGGACUUGCUGAUCGUAUGGUCGGCGGUUCGAAUCCCCGCGGCGGCGUGAGCUCCCGUCGUUCGGACGCAGCUCCUGCCCACCUAGCAGUUCAAAAGCACCCUUAAGUGCAAGUAGAUAAAUAGGUACCGCUUUAUAGCGGGAAGGUAACGGCGUUUCCGUGUGCUGCGCUGGUGCUGGCUUGCCAGAGCAGCUUCGUCACGCUGGCCAUGUGACCCGGAAGUGUCUUCAGACAGCGCUGGCUCCCGGCCUCUUAAGCGAGAUGAGCACGCAACCCCAAAGUUGGACACGACUGGCCCGUACGGGCAGGGGGACCCUUUACCUUUAUGUUCUGUUUGCAUUUUUCUGAUAAUAAAACAAUCUCUGGUGCUCAUGCAAACUACAUCAGACCUUGUAAUGGUACCUAUGGAACACCACAGCUUGGAACCGGGGAGUACGAAAUACAUUUUAUUUGGGGGGGGGGGUUAAAGCAACAAUUACCUGUAAAUCAUUAAGCCACACACAUUUCUUGCCUUCACUAUGAAUAGUACAAACUGCUGAUCUCAAAUACUGAUUGCUGAGUUUUUUCCAGGGAGCUUUGAAAAAAGUACAGGUAUUUCUUUUUCUUUUUUUAGUACUACCAGUGGUGUGAUGGGGGGGGGGGGGAAAUACAGAUUAUUGUACAUUUAAAGACUGUUGGGGGCCACUGGAUCUGAUACUUGUUGGAUUCCCCCUGGAAAAUAUUAUAAUAUUCCAGUUAGCAUGCAAAUGGCACUCUAUUAUUACAGAAAUGUGUGGUGCAGCAAUCUGAGAUGAACUGGAUCUAAUCCAAAACAAAUUCUCCCACUUGGGAGUCCUAUAUAGUAUACCAGACACAUUGCUUAGAAUUGAAGUAGGUGUUGCUUUCCUCAAAACACACUUUAAUAAAUCCAUGAUUCCAUACUGGGGAAGACGGGAAUCUGAUGUCAGACAAACCAUUAUUUUUUUAGGCUUGCAGAAUGGGGAAGGCUGGGCACAAUGUUGUAUUAUCUACCUGCAGCGUACGUUGCUAAGGAUGAUAUGGUUCUCUGGAGGCCUUGGUGAAGAUAAUAAUGAUAUAUGGAAGCAUUUUAGGCUGCUAGCUCACAGGAUUAAAUGUAUUCAGGUAUGCUAUGUCUGCGUAUCACUAAAAAGGAGAUGUAAGCUCCCUCUAGUGACUCAUUUAAGAUAAACCAUUUGCCUCUCAAAGCCAGCCUGUAGUUUCAGCGUGCCUGUCUAUGAAAUGGAAAUAAGUAAAUAUAGUUUCUGUUUGGGUUUUGUGUCUCUCCUGUGACGGGUUUUCCCGAUACUCGAUGCCAAAUUUCAGGUUAUUAAAGUUUUAAAUGUAAAAUCAUAAGGACGUUAAAAUGGUCUGCAUGACACCUGGAAAGGAGAAAACAGAUGUGCUGUUUCAUCUAUGGAAAAGCUGAAAUUAAUCCACUAAACAAUUAGAGACUCUUUAAUUGCAUUUUGGGCAGCUAGGCCUCUCCGUGUGGCUACUAGCAGAACCCUGGGGAAAAUCUCUUCCCCCUUAUUUAUUUUUCGAAGUAUUUAUAACCCGCACUUUCAUAAAAAUAUAACAAGGCAGAAUACAGCAUGCAAAGUUUUGUAUACUCCAAAAGCUCCCCAGUCUCCAACUGACUGUGAUGCUAUCCAGAAGAUAGCAUUAAAAAGAGUAUGUCCUGCAUUAAUGGCCAACUGGAAUUUCAAAAAAACGGACAAUUUUGGCCUUGCUGGACUACACAGAAGCCUUAAAAGCUCAGCCCAGAAUUGUGAUAUUUCAAAAGUAAAAAUACCAAUCUCUUCAGAACUUCAUGGUCUUUAAUAUGAUAUGGCAGUGUGGUGUAGUGGUUAAGAGCGGUAGACUCGUAAUCUGGUGAACCGGGUUCGCUUCCCCGCUCCUCCACAUGCAGCUGCUGGGUGACCUUGGGCUAGUCACACUUCUCUGAAGUCUCUCAGCCCCACUCACCUCACAGAGUGUUUGUUGUGGGGGAGGAAGUGAAAGGAGAAUGUUAGCCGCUUUGAGACUCCCUAGGGUAGUGAUAAAGCAGGAUAUCAAAUCCAAACUCUAUGAAAUAUGAGGGACUUACCUUAAAAUUUAAAGUUACAAAUUUUUACAUUUUAAAAAGUGAUUUAAAAAGUCAAUAUGAUUGAAAAUCCCCCCCCCAAAAAAGUAUUGAUCAGUUCAUAUUUCUAAGAGCUUCCUGCAGAAUUUCAUCACAUUCUUUUUUUUAAAAAAAGUAUGUACAUGUCUGCCUUAUUGGGUGCUAUUUAGGAUAAAUGGGUCUUCUUGGGAGUAAAUCAUGCCCUAGACAGCUUAGAGGACAGAGUUCUCCUGGAUGAGUUAGGAGAAGGCAGUACAAGUUCUGAACCAAUGGAUGUAGACCAAUGAACUGAAGCCAAAUCCAGAUAAACGGAGGUUCUGUGGACAGUGAGUUUUCAAAUCAGGAAAUUGGUAGGACAUUCUGUUCUCCAUGGUGUGGCAAUCUUGAUAAGAGCAGGUUUGUUGUUUGGAGGUACUGCUGGUGUCAACAUUAUCAGUGGAGGCUCAGUGGGAUGUGGGUGGCACCGUGGUCUAAACCACUGAGCCUCUUGGGCUUGCCGAUCGGAAGGUCAGUGGUUCGAAUCCCCACAACGGAGUGAGCUCCCGUUGCUCUGUCCCAGCUCCUGCCAACCUAGCAGUUUGGAAGCACGCCAGUGCAAGUAGAUUAAUAGGUACCACUGCGGUGGGAAGGUAAACGGUGUUUCAGUGCGCUCUGAUUUCCGUCAUGGUGUUUCCGUUGCCCCAGAAGUGGUUUAGUCCUGCUGGCCACAUGACCCGGAAAGCUGUCUGGGGACAAACGCCAGCUCCUUCGGCCUGAAAGUGAGAUGAGUGCCGCACCCCAUAGUUGCCUUUGACUGGACUUCACCAUCCAGGGAUCCUUUAUCUUUUACCAACGUUGCCGAUGAAGGCUCAGUGGUCAGUAGUUGUAGCUCAUCAACUACAGCUGUUCCUGGAUACUGCACCCACAUUUUGGUAACUUCCAGAUUGGACUAUAGUAAUGUACUCUACAGGGGGCUACCCCUGAAAAGAGUUUGGAAAUGACAACUGGUACAACAGCCAAGGUGUUAAGAAGAACUACAGGCUGAUCUCCUGUAACAUCAGUUUUGAAAGAAUUGUACUAGUUGCCACUUGCCUUUCAAGUCCUAUUCAAGGUGUUUCAGGUGACACAGAAAGCUCCAAAUGAUUUAGGGUCCAACUAUUUGAAAGAAUCUCCUUGUACUGUAUCAACCUGAGCAAGUAUUGAGAUCAGCAAAGGACACCCUGCUUAUAGUCUCAACACCAAGUGAGGUUCAGGGUGGAGUGUGAGAAGGGUCUUCUCUGUGGUGGCUCUACGCCUAUGGAAUGACUUCCCUCCUGAGGUUCAUUGUGGAACAAUGUUGCUGCCAUUCUGACAGGUAGCCUUAAAAACCAUACCUAUUUAAAGGCUGAAGCCUUAAAACACAAACACCCCUCGCCCUGCAACUUUCCCUCUCUUGCCAUCUUGCUGCCUGAUGAUUGAAAGCCUCAAUCCAACCUGUGCUUACUCAGGAGCAAGCUCUGCUGGAAUUACAGGACGCAAAGGAUCAGACUGGAACAGGUUUGUGGGGCAUUGGGGGAGCGUACAAUUUUUGCAAAUUUCUUCAGCGAGGGAUGUUAAAAAUAUGUUUUUGGGUGUGAGGAAUUCAAACCUGCUAUUAUUUUUAAUGUUUAAAAUUUAAAGUUUUUAAAGUUUUAUUAUGUUUUUGUAUAUUUUUGUAUAUGUUGGAAGCUGCCCAGAGGGGGCAACCCAUUUAGAUGGAUGGGGUUACAAAUAGUGGAAUUAUUCUUACUGCUAUUAGUGACUGGACAACUUUUAGCUUUGUAAGUUUACGUUUGAUCGAGAAGCACAUAAACUGCUUUCGGAAAACCAAUGGAUUUUAAUUUUACCUUCUGAAAAUGUCAGAAAAUGCUAAAUAACAAUAACAAUAAUAACUGCAAGUACUUGGCAAUCAUUUUUUAAUGAUUUCUAUGCAGUCUUACACACAUUUUACUUCCCAAGCAAAACUAAGUCCCAUUAAUUUAACCGAAGCACCUUUCAAGUGCCCAAGCCACGUGACAACUUUCCAGCACCCCUCGUUUUUGUUGCGAUUCGGAAAGCUCUAGGGCAACUUUGCACAAACGGUUAUGGAAGCUCCCGGCUGAGUUUAUAAUCACCCUUACCCUUACUCCUCUACUUAUUUUUAUUUAUUUAUUUAUUUGAAAUCAUUUUUAUUUGAUUUCACAAAUAUAAAUUUAUUUAUUCAUUCAUUUUUUGAAAUCAUUUUUAUUUGAUUUUGCAGAUAUAAAUUUAUAAUAAUCCAAAUGCAUAGCCGUACGUAUAGAGGUGCCUCUGUAUCUCAACACUCCUCCCCACCAUCCCCUCCACGGGUCCUAGUGUCAACAUUUACAACUGCGUAUUAUCCCAUAAUCUAUAUUUGGCAUAUUAUCCAUAGUGUUUGUUACGCCGCAAGUGAGAUUAAAAUCCUGCCAAUGUUUUCAUCUGCUCACAGUGGCCAUUCUUUCCCCAUUCUUUUUAAAAAGUUUUUGCCCUCUUGGUUCCUGUACUUAUUUAUUUGUUCGACAGGGGAAACAGAGGCACAUCUAUCUAUCUAUCUAUCUAUCUAUCUAUCUAUCUAAAAAAGCACCCCGCCCCAUUCACUCCAAGACAGACAAGGCACGUGCGCUUCCCGCUGCGCACUUUGGGAGAUGUAGUCGCCUCUCCUUCCCUCCGCCCUUGGCCUCCUCGGGGCCGGGGGCAGGAAGCGAGGCCGAACUACAGCUCCCAGAAUGCACCGCGGAAGUGUCUCCACCCCCCCCACCCCACUCCCUCCCUCUCCGCCUUCCUCCCCUCCCUCUAUGAAUGACUAAUACCAACAUGUUGUCAGGCUAAUGUGGCCGCGAGUACCUGGAGGGCUCGCCUCCCUUUCGGGUCUCCUUGGAGCGAGUUGGGGUGCUCUCCAAGCGCCGCCGCCGACGCCAAGCUCGGGCUGGUAGCUUCUUUCCCCCCCCCCACCGAAAGUACCCUGCACGGAGAGGGGGGGGGCUCGGCUUGCCAAGUAAGUCAGGGGGGCGAAGUGUGGGGUGAGGAGGGAGAGAGAGCUUUGGCGUUUCCUGCGCUGGGUGGGCGCGCGCAGGGAAGGAGACCCGGCUGCCUCGCCUCGCCUUGCGCGCCCAGGAGCGCGCGCCUCAUUGUCGCUGUGCCACCGCGACACAAGUCCUGCUGCGAGGGGGGAUCAGGCGACAACAACAGCCGCGACAGCAACAGCAACAACAUUCCUCCUCUUUUUCUCCCUUUCCCUUCUUCAAAAUGGCCAGGAAUCAAGAGGGGAAGGGUAGGAGUUUGCAAGAGGAACUCCUACUUCUUGGGAGUUUCCUAGCAAAUGGGAUUUUGUGUGUGUGUUUGCAUUUUUCAUUUUGGGGUGGGAGUUGGAAAUGCUGUCCGUUUUUUAAACUUUUUUUUCCUUUGCCCCACCCCACCCCCAGCUUAGCAAGUGUUGCCUCGUGAGGCUGUUUUGAAAGGUUGCAGAUUCGCCCCAAAGGUUUAAGUUUUCGCUGGCUUGGAAAGCGCGCAAACUUUCCUGGGUGGGCCUGCUUUUUGGUGCGAGCGAAGGCAGAAGCUGUAACAAUGCUGCUUUGAAAAGUAUGUGUCAUACUUGUGGCGAGAGCAGAGAAAAUGCGGCCUCAUCCGAUGGAUAUGUGUCUUCAACCACCACUUCCCUUCCUCUGCCACCUCCGAUUUUUUUAUUUUAUUUUAAAAUUAUUUUUCCAGGGACUUAGGAGGGUGGUUUGUCAUGCCCGAGGAACUUAAUUAACUGGGGACACAGCGCUUCUGGACUUUCAUUUUAGAACAAUGUGCAUGGUUUGAUUAGAUCGCAGGUCGUCCUGUACUAACUAUUCUUCUAGCGAGCAAAGCUUAUUGCUCGGCCACGUGUGUUACUUGGUGAUGACGCUGCCUUGCAAAUGCAGUUGAUUUCGAACAAAAACCGGAGAGAUUGUUUCAGCCACUUGGAUUGAAAACGUCAAUUUCCCUUCGUGUCAUAACCAAUGUUGUGUUACAGAGAACAUCUGGCCUCAUGCAGGCAGUGUGGACAGCUUGUCUCGGAAAUAAAUUUAUACUGGAAUUGUGGAGUAGCCAUUGUUAUGAUACAGCCUUGAUUCAUCUAAAACUACCUGGUUUAUUGGAGGAAUAGAAUGAGGAAAUUUUGUGUGAUCUCUUGGUGGGUUUUUUGUAAGAGCAAACAUUGAGGCAUUUGUGAAAUACGAUAGUAGUACAGUGGUACCUUGGUUUACAAACUUAAUCCGUUCCGGAAGUCUGUUCUUAAACCAAAGCGUUCUUAAACCAAGGCGCGCUUUCCCAUAGCAGCGGGGGACUUAAUUUACACUCAACAGGAAGCGGAACAUGUUCUGCUUCCAAGGCAAAGUUCACAAACCGGAACCCCUACUUCCGGGUUUGCAGCGUUCUUAAUCCAAGUUGUUCAUAAAUUAAGCUGUUCUUAAACCAAGCUACCACUGUAUUAUCUUAGCAGUAAUGUAACUCAGAAUUGUUGCAGAAACUUAAGCAAAACUCAGAAUGGCUCACUGGAUCAGUCUUCCUGACAUGUUUUGAACCCCAACUCCUACCAGCCCCAGCCAGCAUGACCAAUGGUCAGGGGUGAUGGAAGUCCAAAACAUCUGGAGGGCACCAGGUUGGGGAAGCCUAUGUUGGAUUGAAGGCAAUUCCAUGUGUUCUUAAGUUUUGACUUAGUUGUACUGUGUAAUGCCUAAAAGCUUGCUUAUACCUUGCAGUCAGCAAAAGUUGUUACCAUAUGGUUGGGUACAGAGUUUGGCUAACACUUCGCUGUGUGAGGGGGUGGUCCCUGCUACUUUGAAAGAGGCAGUGGUACAACCACUUCUAAAGAAACCAGCUCUGGACCCUUUGAAUCGGGACAACUAUUGGCCAGUUAUCAAUACCCCGUUUGGGGAAGGCAGGGAAGAGGACCAUGGUGGGGCAGCUACAGGCGUUCUUGGAGGUCACAGAUUAUUUAGAUCCAUUCCAGGGUUCAGGCCUGUCCAUGGAACUGAGUCACCCUUGGUCACCCUGAUGGAUGAGAGCAGGACAGAAGGAGUGUAACCUUGCUCCUGCUUCUUGACCUCUCAGCGGCGUUUGGUACCAUUGACCAUGGCAUCCUCCUGGACCAGCUGUGGGGAACUGAGGGCACUGUAUUAUAGUGGUUCCAAUCCUACCUUCAGGACCGAGUCCAGAGAGUAGUGCUUUAUCUUCAGUACUAUUUAAUAUCUACAUGAAACCGUCAUUAGGAGUUUGAGGGCGAGGUGCUGUCAGUAUACUGAUGACACUCAGCUUGAUUUCUCCAUAACAUCUGAAUCGGGAGAGGCUGUACAAUCGCUGGGCCAUUGCCUGGACGCAGGGGGGAAAUGGAGGAGAAAAACAAGCUAAGCUUCAGUCCUGGCAAGAAGGAGGCACUGUGGGUGAGUAGCUGCUGUGUCUGAGAAAUUGGUCCUUUGCCUACCCUGGAUGGGGUUGCACUCCCCCUGAAGGAACAAGUUUGCAGUUUGGGAGGGGGGUUGCUUCUGUCACUGGAGGCUCAGGUAGCCUCAGUGGCUAGAAGUACCUUUGACCAACUGUGACUGGUUCAACAGUAGCACAUGCAUUGGUUGCUUCAAGGCUGGAUUACUGCAAUGCACUCUGCAUGGGGCAUCCCUUGCGCUUGAUGCGGAAGCUGCAGUUAUUGCAGAAUGCUGCAGCACAAUUGCUGAUAGGAGGGAGUCAGCAUUUAACACAUGUGGUCAGAGUUUGCACUGGUUGCGAAUUUGUUCCUGGGCCAAGUUCAAGGUGUUACUGUCAGUAUAUAAGGCCUUAGCAAUUUGGGACCAGUUUACCUACAAGAUUGAUUUACCCUGCACAUGCCAGUCUCUUUAAGAUUUGCAGAACUUGCGCUACUGCAGGUUCCACAUAAUACCCACCCCACAUUUGUAAGAACUUGAUCGUUUAGUGUGGACUACAACUGACUGGGGCUGAUGGGACUUGUAGUCCAAAACAUUUGGAGAGUGCCAGGUUGGCAAAGGCUUCAGGGUGCUUUCAGGUGACCAUGCCAACUGUAGUGAAACUGACCUAGAUGUCAGCCUUGGUGUGCUGAAUAGUCUAGAACAGGGUUUCACAAACUUGGGUCUCCAGCUGUUUUUAGACUACAACUCCCAUCAACCCUAGCUAGUGGUCAGGGAUGAUGGGAACUGUAGUCCAAAUUUGGGGGAACCCUGUUCUAGAAGCCGCUCUUUAUCGCCUCACCCAAAGGCAAGGUGCAGGUCAGCCCAGUUUAGGAGACGGUUGAGCUUGCAAAAAUUCAGCCUCCCAACAUAUGUAGCUUCUGAAUAGUCAGUUGGGUUAGUCUGCCAGCUGAGACCUGGCAAGCUGUUGUGUUGAAACACGCCCAGCUGUUCCACCCCCCGGAGAAUACUCAGUGCCUCAAGUUCCAAGGAGCCAACAUAAAGUUAUUGGGUGAAAGGCAUCUAAAGCGAAUGUUUAAAAUUCUUAAGGGUUGUGAAAAGUGUAAAUUCUAUUUUGUUCAUUUUCCUAACCUUCCAGGAAGUGGUAUUAGGCUCUGUGUGACAUGCAGGCCACAUGGAGGUCACUCAUGAUAUACUGCAGUGAAUUAUCCGGGCCUUUUAACUAACAUGUUGCAUAUGAGCAGGUACAGUACAUGUACAGUGGUACCUCUGGAUGUGAACGGAAUCCGUUCCGGGGGGCCCCGUUUGCAUCCUGAGUAGAACGUAACACGCGACUGCGCGGGUCGCGUUUUGCCACUUCCGCACAUAUGUGUGAUGUCAUUUUGAGCAUAUGUGCGAGCGGCGAAACCCGGAAGUAACGCACUCAGUUACUUCAGGGUCGCCGCGGAGCGCAACCUGAAAAUGCUUAACCUGAAGCUACUUCAACCCGAGGUAUGACUACUCUAUAAUACUCAAGGCAGAUGCAUGAGGAAACACACCUUUAUCUGCUUCUAGCCCACACUGUACUCCAAUGUCCUCAAGAUGAGAUAAAUGCCAAUAUUCUCCUUGCACCAUCAUGCAGAACGCCAGACGUUUAUCUGAUGUGUGCGCUACAAAUUAGCAGAGCAAUUCAAAGCCUGGCAGGGCAUGAAGGAUUGGUAUAUCCACAUCCCUAGCCCCAUUGCUUGUUCCUUCAACUGCCAUAGUGCUCAGGCCUUACGCCAUCAAAUAAUGACAGUACACCAUGUUCCAUUUCAGGGCUUCCAAGUUCCUGCCAGCAAUAUUUCCACUCCCCUGCACUUUUGGUGGGUAGAACGGGGGAGCUUUGCACCAGCAGAGUGGUGGUACCAUCAGACAGCUGUGGUGGAACUGUUCUGGACUGGGCCUUCCAAUCCUCCUCCCCUGCGUGGUGGAUUAGUGGCAUGUAUUUUUUCCUUAAGUAGCUUUUGCUUCUCCUCCCCUUAAAUAUGACCUUGGUCUAGUUCAGCAGGUUUCACAAGGACUGGAAAGCACAUAAAAUGAUAAUCUUGAGCUGGGAAGACAAGCUGGUUUGAUGGGAGACGAACUCAUCAGGAUGAUCGUUCCACUGUCUUAAUUAUGUCUUGGCUUGCAUUAGUGAACGUCAAGUAUUUUGAAGAACUUCCAUUGGUUCAAAACCAGUGUGACUGGUCUGACGAUGAAAUCUCAUUUCUUGCUCUGGUUGAUUUAAUGCGUGAGGGAAAAAAUUAUUUAGGAACCGAAUAUUCAUUGUCAACAAAGUUGGAAAAGUACUUUUACUAUUAUCUAUCCAAUAGGUUCUGUAUUAAGAUAAAAGAGAGCAUACACUGGUAUUUCUCAGAAAACAGCAAGACAAAUGUGUAAUCAGUUGCCCUAGCCUGGUCGAUCCCAGUCUGCCAUGGGUUUUAAUAGUGGUAAGAGAGAGUGGAUCCCUUUUCUGAAGUUAUACUCAGGUGUAAGACCAAGAUCAGUGUGUGAAUGGAAAGCAGGCAAUACAAACUUCAAGUCUCCCUGGUGUUGUGCAUGUUGUCUAGCACUCCUAGUGUCCACAGGUUUAGUGUGCAAAGGUGUUUGUACAACUGUACAUACAAAGGCAGCUGUCUUGCAGAUAUUCAUGCAGAGGCAGAGCGUGUGUUGAUCUCACACAUCGGUUGUUGGCAUCCAUCCCAUCUCCAGUUGGUUACAACAAUGUGCUGGUUGCACCAAGGUUCGAUCCCUAUAAGAAACAGCUGCAUAUUCGUGCAUUGCAAGGUGUUAGACUAGAUGAUCCCUUCCAGUUCUAUAAUUCUAUAAUCUCAUGGAAGAGCGCUGCUUCGGGGACAAACAGCUGGAGAGUUACAGCACUUGCUGUGGCUGUAGAGACUGAUAUGGAAGAGACAAGUUUUGUUGCAGCUGGGGCAGAAGAGGCGUCUGGUUUUGCUUUGCCAGAUGCACCAUGGCGUUUCUUCUCUUUGCUCUCCUCCCAGCAGCCAUUCCUCCUCUCCUUACUGCUGUGGAUACACACACGUCACUUUAACUUCAGAAUAGGGCGUAAGGAGAACCCAAAGCACAUGGUCUGUAAAGAAGUGUUGCCUACAAAAUAUUAGGCAUGGAACUGCACGAAGGACAUACCGUAUUUAUUGCUCUAUAAGACUCACUUUUUCCCUCCUAAAAAGUAAGGGGAAGUGUGUGUGCGUCUUAUGGGGCAAAUGCAGACUGCGCAGCUAUCCCAGAAGCCAAAACAGCAAGAGGGAUUGCUGCUUUCACUGCGCAGCAAUCCCUCUUGCUGUUCUGGAUUCUGAGAUUCAGAAUAUUUUUUUCUUGUUUUCCUCCUCCGAAAACUAGGUGCGUCUUGUGGUCUGGUGCGUCUUAUAGAGCGAAAAAUACAGUAAUUUAUUUCAGAACAACUAUAAACAGUGGUGCUUCAGGUUACAUACGCUUCAGGUUACAGACUCCGCUAACCCAGAUAGUGCUUCAGGUUAAGAACUUUGCAUCAGGAUGAGAACAAAAAUCGUGCUCCGGCGGCGCGGCAGCAGCAGGAGGCCCCAUUAGCUAAAGUGGUGCUUCAGGUUAAGAACAGUUUCAGGUUAAGUACGGACCUCCGAAACGAAUUAAGUACUUAACCUGAGGUACCACUGUACCUGUAUAAUGAUUUCGUUGCUUUCAUUUGCUGCGUGUUUGUGUGUGUGUGUGUGUGUGUGUGUGUGUUUUACUGUCCUUCUGCAAAGUGCUGCGGCCAGAAAUUGCCUACCCUUCCUCACCUUUUAUCCCCUCUACAAGCGAGCCAGUGUGGCGUAAUGGUUAGAGGGUUGGGCUAGGACCUGGAAGAGCUGGGUUCGAAUCCCCACUUAGCCAUGAAGCUCAUUGAAUGUGGCUCCAUCAUUCCCAUCAACUUGGUGUGAUGUUUCAGUGCAAUUCCUAAUCUUGUUUGGUCCAUUUCCAGCAAAGGAAGGGCGAUGCUGCAGUUGUUCUGCUUCUGAGAAGCUUCCUCUGAUUCACCCAGUACUCACCACCCCCUUGGCCAGAUACCCCUCUGAUGUAGUCAUUGCGGCAGUUCUUAUCUUCAUUAUCUGUCUAGAUCUAGAUGAUCCUGAUGUGUGCGUCUGCAAGAGACUGGUGCAGCAGGUGCUGCUAUGCAAAGCCAUAAGACCAAGGACCAAACUACACAUUGCAUUAAAUACACAGUUUUCCUUUCCAUUGUUUGCACUUAAGAUAGCAUCCUUCUGCAUGGGAGUAGUAGUCGUAAGUGCUGACUACUGAAAGCUUCUGAGAAUAUCCCUGCCGUUCAGGAAAACUGAACCAAAACUUUGAUUUUCUGCCUUUGCCAUGGCUGAAAAAUCCAUUAAAAUUAUGGGCACUAGAUGUAGUUGACAAAGCAAAGUACAGUGGUGCCUCGCAAGACGAAAAGAAUCCGUUCCGCGAGUCUCUUCGUCUUGCGGUUUUUUCGUCUUGCGAAGCAAGCCCAUUAGCGGCUUAGCGGAUUAGCGCUAUUAGCGGCUUAGCGGAUCAGCUGAUAAGCGGCUUAGUGGCUUAGCGGAUCAGCUAUUAAGCGGCUUAGCGGAUCAGCUGAUAAGCGGCUUAGCGAUCAGCUGUUAAGCGGCUUAGUGGCUUAGCGGGUCAGCUGAUAAGCGGCUUAGCGGCUUGGGAAAAAGGGGGGGGGAGGGAAAAAAACCCGCAGGAACUCGCAAGACAUUUUCGUCUUGCGAAGCAAGCCCAUAGGAAGUUCGUUUUGCGAAGCACCUCCAAAACGGAAAACCCUUUCGUCUAGCGGGUUUUCCGUCUUGCGAGGCAUUCGUCUUGCGGGGCACCACUGUAUCUUCCUUGUGUACAAGUCUUAACUUCUAUAAUUAGGGUAAAGUGUUGCCUUCUUAGAAGACAUAUCUCCUCAUACAUCACUCCCAAAAGUAAGUAGCAUUAAAAAUGAGCCAUCGUGAACAUGGGGAACAGAAUUAGUGAUUUUUAGGACAGCGGUUCCCAACCUUUUUGGUAUGAUGAUGAACAAGUCCGCAUUUACCUGGUGUGGUGACCCAUUGAUUUGUUGUCACAUAAAUUUUGGACCUUAGGUUAGAAUCGUAGAGUUGCAAGGGACUUCAAGGGUCUCCUAAUCCAGCUGCCUGCAAUGCACGGAUCCUGCCCACAGCUGUUCCCAGGUAGACUUGGACCAGGUCUUCAGCAGCUGUUGGUUUCAUGCAUUUGAACUGCACGUUUGGCUGUUUUAUAACCAUUAUCUGAGGCAUCCUAAGCAGAGAUGUAUGUAAUGCCCUGGUUCAUGCGGAAUUCAUUGAAAUAUUAAUGUUAGUUAUACAAGUUAUUCAGAGGGUGGCAUUCAACUAGUGCAGUUUUGGGACCAGUGCAGACAGAUUUCCCUCUUCUGCCCUCCCACUUCCCCAAAUCUCCUCUGGAGGGGGAACCCAGAACUGACUGAGAGGAGUGCCAAGCCUGCCCUUCCCAGCUGAGAGAGCCCCAACCCCACUCCUGCUUGCACGAGAGUAGGAGUGGGAUCGGGGCUGCGGCCUUGCAUGGCUACUGUCCAGCUGCCUUCCUCUGGGAGGGUAUCUUAUGCCUUUCCUCCCAGUGGAAGGCAGGCAAGUGGUGUAGGGACUCUUUGAUGCUGCUGCUGGCCCAGCGCUCUCCAGCAGCCCCUCUCCACAAGGUGUGGAUGGGGUGAUCUUUGCACCCCACGCCUUGCAGACUUCGCUUGGGAGGGUGGGCUGCGUCCUUCCUCCUGGGGUGAACGAGGAAAGAGACCUGCACAGGCGAAGGCAGUCAAACACACAGAGCCUGACAGGUUCUGUGCGCUUGGCUAUUGCCGCUUGGUCCAUCUUUGGGGAGUGGGGGGCAAGCGGACAAGGUAGAUCGUUCACCCCCCACGCCAGCAAAGGCAGAGGCAGCCUGGCCAAGAAGCCCUGAGGCCCCUGCUGGUUGCACACAAGCGGCAGGGGCCUCAAGGCUCACUCAGCUGGGGACAGGAGCCUUUCCGCCCUCCAUCUGAGCAACAGGCUGGGACCAGCUGUAUUGGCCACAGCCCAAGAGGCACUAUGGUGAAGGCACCUCAACUGCCUUCAGCAGUUUCACCUGGCUGGGUCCAGUGCAGCUUUUUUCAACAUCUCAGCUUAUUGCCAAGCGACAAUGUUUGGCUGACGAAACACCGCCAUGUUGAAAGCCCAACAUCGCCCAGCCCUAAAGUGUAUGGUUGCACAAGCCAUGUAAGUUAUAACAAACCCACGAGUAUUUUUCUUUUCAUGUUAAAGGCCAUUAUGGCACAUAUCCAUGGGAUGGCUGAGCUUGCAUAUUGCAGGGUAUGUCAAACGUAGUCUCGUUAUUGAUAACAUAGCCUGCUUUUCUGUUUCACCUUCUUAGCAGUCACUGCUGAAAAACCUGUCUUGCAAAGUUACGCACUGCCCAAAGGAUCGCAACACAGAUACGGCUUCGUUGGCAAGCUCAGGAUAUUCAGUGGUAACGGGAAACCAAAAUUUGGAUAACCUUGCUUUUGAAAAAUUUACCUGUGAGGGCCCUUCCACAUGGCAGUUCAAUGAGUUGCUCUUUUUGCGCAAAGACAACUUUGCGACGUUGGCUGCAAACGGGUUUUGUGCUUGUUCAAAGUUCUCUAGUAAUGCAAAGACUUCAAAUCACCCUGGGCUUAACUGCUGGUCACAGAUUGCCAUGAGGUGCUCAUACAAGGUGCUUUGAGUGACUGUUACAGCUCACCCCUGAGGAGCGAGUGUGUGUGCAAAAAGAAGGGGUUAAAAAUGGGUGUGCCGUUGUACUGUAAGCUAAAGUACAUGUGCACUACUUGGAUGAACUUUUGCCUGCUGCCUACUAUGUCAGAGAACUAGGAGUAGAACUGCAAAGACAAGACAGGUAGUAAUAUAACUCUUCUUGCUCCAAUCCAAGAAUACUACACAUUCUAGGAAUGGCACAUGUGCCACAAGCUUACCAUUAAGGCUGGGUGAUAGCUAGUAUUCAACAUCGUGAUAUACCACCAGCUAAGCAUUGUGAUAUACUGAUAUAUCACGAUACCUGAAAUAAGAAUGGAGCUAUAUAGAGGCAUUGGCUAGCUUCAUGGUUUUUGCAUAACACACCCACCCACCCACCAUGUUUGCAAUAUAUUGCAAGGUUAAAAAUUAUGAAACUGAUAUAACUGAUAUAAUGAAUUGAAAAAAAUGUUUAAAUUGACAUUUGUAAAAAAAACCUAGAAGCAUUUUUGUUAGGGAUUAUAGGACAAGACCUGCCAUGAAAAAUAAAGAACUUCUUUAUGUAUGCUACAACGGUGGCAAGAAUCUUGAUAGCACAAGGAUGGAAGAAUGAGGAAAUCCCAACGAAAGAGCAGUGGCAAGAAAAAUUGAUGAGUUAAGCAGAACUGGCCAAAUUAACAUAUAAACUGCGUGAAAAGGACACCUGUGACUUCAAGGAAGAAUAGGAACUUUUUACAAACUAUCUAAAAAGACAGCAAAAUGAACUGGACUCUUUGGCAGGUUUUGAAUAAACAUUCACAAAUUUAUUAGUUGAACAUAUGAUAGAUAAAGCAAGGACAUGUACUGUACAGUUUUGUAACAUGCAGAAAACAAUCAGGGAGGGGAACUAAGGGAAGUCCUUGUGGGGGGAGAGGGAGGGUUGAGGGGGGAAUAAUGUAAUUGAUUAUGAGGAUUGACAAAUUGUUAUGUUGAAAUUGGUUAAUAAAAAUAUGUUCUAAAAAAAUUAUGAAACUGAUAUCACGAUAUGGACUUCAAACCGGUUUUGGAUGAUGUAUCGAUAUAUCUCCCAGCCCUACAUACCACCCAGUCCGCUGGUGAAAGUUUUGGCUUUAAAGAAGUUGUUCUGAUGCGCCUUUUAUAUCUAUUUUAAAAACCAACAACUUUGAACUCUUGACAACUUUCGGAAAGCUUGCUGGGUUAGUCUGAUACUUCAGAUGCAUAAAAGAGCUUUUCUAGCAUCCUAAUGACUAACACGUUUAUUGCAGAAUUAUCUUUAUUUAACCAGAUGGAUGGUGUGCUUUGGCUUAUGCUGUGGGGGUUUGUUGGUAGGAAAUGGUUUAUGAAACAAUACUGAACCAGCUGAGCAGAUGAGAGUGCUUUCUUUGUAUUCUUGUGUUUCUGACAUGAGGAAGAUGGGUUCUCUUUCAGGAGGAAGAAGGAGAGGAAGUAACUGAAAUGUGGCCUCUAAGUAUGUUUGACCAAGCUUCACGUUCCUGCUAAUUGCCUCUGGACAGAAUGUUCAACCUCAGGCUUCCGUAUAUAUUUAUCUUUCCACCUUUUUGAAUGAAUCAAAAAUAGCCAGGUUGGCAACAGAGACAAUCGUUACGUCGUGUAUCACCGCUUUUGCGUAUUUCAAUAACAACAUUUCUGCAGAUCUAUACUGCCAAACACUAGCCAAUCGUUAAAUCUUUUUAAAUGCAUACUUCGGACCUUGCUGAUUAUUACCCCUGAACUUCUCUACCCCUCUUUUAAUGUUUUGCAGGUCUGA